UUAAAGGAUAAAUACAAUUAUACUCGCCUCGUCUUCAAUCCGAGACUAUUUUAUAAGAAACCCGAAAAAAUGGUAUUAAUCUAAUAAACAAUUAAGUGUUGAGUGCUAGUGAAUCGGGCCUUGUUCAUAAGUCAACUAAAACCCAAAACCUGGUUAAUUUUAUAGAGAGAAAACCGAAAUAAGUGCAUACCAUACAUACAUAUUAAAAUGAAUACCUAUACAAGGAGAUACUGGCCGAUUGUACUUUACUUAUUUUCGAUUUCGUUUUCUUUUAUCGAUGGCUCUUUCAUAUUGCCAGAGAAUGACCCUCCCACAACGGCGCCAAAAUUUUUAUCCAGGGGUCACUUGUACAAGGUCAUCGUCGGCGAGACUAUCGAGCUGCCCUGCAAAGUACAAAACCUCGGCUCAUUUGUGCUUCUGUGGCGGAAGGGUUCAUCCGUGCUCACAGCCGGACACUUGAAAAUAACAAGGGAUCAACGCUUUAAGAUAGUGGGCGACUACAACUUGCAGAUCAAUGGAGUAAAGACUCAAGACGCUGGAGAUUAUAUUUGCCAACUAGGUGAUCAGGAAAAUCGUGACCAAGUUCAUACAGUAGAGAUUUUGGUCCCGCCCACCCUAAGGGCCCUUCCACACAACGGACAAGUGACUGCCCGAAAGGGAAGCACUGUCACCUUGGAGUGCAAGGCGUCUGGUAAUCCGGUGCCCACCAUAUUUUGGUUCAAGAAAGACGUGUUUUCCGGGCCUACUCACUUGUCGGAUAGCUCAACUUUAAUACUGGAAAAUGUGGACAGACAUCACGCAGGCACAUACCAGUGUUCAGCCGAUAAUGGGGUAAAAGAUCGCGUAUCAAUGGACAUUCAGCUGACCAUUCUCUCUCCCCCUGAAAUAACCGUAGAGAAAUCCUGGGUACACGCGUCCGAGGGAUAUGAUGUUGAGCUGGUUUGCACUGUUAAUGGAGAUGUAAGCUCGGAAAUGCUGUGGUACCAAAACUCAUUUCUUCUUGACGCAACCGAUAGACGAUCUAUGUAUCCACGCGAUGAUAGAUAUAGUCUUAUUAUUCGGAACUUCCAGCCAACGGACUUCGGAAAUUACAGCUGUGUAGCUGAUAAUGCUUUGGGGAGAACUAAGAAAUAUAUUGAAGUUUCUGGUCGACCGGGACCUGCUGAUUUUAUAUCCCCAGCUUUAAGUGGGUUCCUAGAUCACUACAACUUGACGUGGACUAUCGAGUCUAUACCUCCGCUAGAUGAGAUAAAGCUCCUAUAUCGCCGUUUAUUGAUGAAUGAAACUUACCAGCAUCCUGGCAAGUGGCAUGAGUAUCACAUUAAGCCAACACCAAUUAGAACAGAUGGGUCCCACUUUCUAAUGUCCUACCUCGUCAAAAACUUGGAACACAACGCUGUCUAUGAAGCAAUCGUUCAGGCUAAAAACAAAUAUGGAUGGAACGAGAUCAGCGAUAUUCACCAGUUUUACACGCGAAAUCAUGAUCUCCUUCUCGAUAUCGAUAUGGAAUAUAAAAUGGGCAUUUCAAGCAAUAUUAGAAUAUCUCCAUCUGUCAUUGAAAUAAUUUUAUCUUUGUUUAUAUUAGUAAUCUAUCCUAUCAUUAGUGUUUAAGAAAUAAUGAGUAGGGUUUAUUUGCAAAUAUAAUUUAAAUGGUGCCUUACUAAAACUUUAGCAAAUAAUUAAAUUUACAUGUAUGUAUAUUAAGAAUUCGUAUUAAAUGUAUUGACAUCUCAAUAUAGAAUACUUCUCUCAAUAGAAUAUUAACAAAUGUACUUCCGCAAUGGUUUAAGAUAAAAAAAUUACUUUUAAUUUUCUUUCAUUACUUCUGAAACAAUAAUAUUGAUAAACUAAAAGCGUUCACUAACAAUGAUUGAGUCAAUACUUAACAUAAGUAUAUACCAAGUCAUAAUUAAUUUUCAUUUUGUUAGCAAGAAUUAUACAAAAAAGUUUUAAAGAGAUAUUAAGGAGAUGUUAUUUUUUUAUUGUUUUCUUUAUUAAUAAAAAUCCAGUUUUAUGUUAGCCCUAGAAGUAUUUUAAACUUCGGGAACUGAAUCUGAGCAAGGAAUGUUAGACUCAGUCUCCCGUUAACCCGAUCCAUGAACUGAGUACCGGAUUAUAUCAUAGUUACUCUCAAAACAGAUCUAAUAAAUCAGCUUCAAUGAAACUAGCUGAUAUUGAUAAGGAAUAAUAACGUCAUACCAUAAAUAGGUCCGAAAGUAGGUCAUUGAAUUAGUAAACAUUAUCUGAACAUGAUAAGUGAAUCAA